CCAAACUCGGAAGAUCGAUAUUGAAGAUGGAAGGAGCAGCGACGCGCACUGUGAUAACGUCUACCAGCAGCAGCACCGACAACUUUGCCACAUCUACUCUGGCAUGCGAUAGGCACUUUUUUCGCACUGCUUCGGGGCUCCUCGUUUUCGCAGAAAUAGUGUUUGGUCUGCUGGUAUGGAUGCUGAUAGCAGGGACAGAGUACUUCCGUGUGUCUGCCUUUGGGUGGGUCAUGUUUGUGGCCAUCUUGUACUGGGUCCUGACGGUCAUCUUUCUCAUCAUCUACCUGACCAUGGCUUACAACAGGAUCCCUCAGGUCCCCUGGACAACUGUGGGUCUGUUCUUCAACAGUAGUGCUACAGUGAUGUAUGUGGUGGCAGCAGCAGUGGAUGCAGCUUCAAUCAGCCAUGCUAUUAAGGGGCGCCAUAACUACAACUGCUGGGUAGCAUCCACAUUCUUUGCCUUCCUGGUCACGCUCUGCUAUGCAGGAAGUACAUAUUUAAGUUUUAAAUCGUGGAGAUCAAGGGAUGAGGAACAAUAACCAAUCACA